GGUGCAACUCAAUAGAUUUACCCUAAAUGGGGAGAAUAACUGAAUAGUCACAAAUUAAAACUGUGAUCAGCCACUUAUCGUUGUUGUUCCAUACGAUUGUACACUUAGAUUCAUCAAGCAAAUCCAGAUAUCAUUGGUUUUCAAGAAGCCCGAGCUGAUGCCAACGGCAAGCGGAACCAACUAAAACAACUGCAAACCCUUCUUCCUGAAUACAAAUACCAUGUUUUCCACUCGACAAGAACUGUUGACAAAAACAAAUUUGGCAAAAAUGCCAUCAAGGGCUGGGAGCAGGAGGGAUUAGGAAUACUAAGCAAGUAUUCAAUCGUGAUGUCCCACCAUAUACCGCUCUCGAAAGCUGGGGAAUCCGACGAAAGCCCACGAGUGUUACUGCACAUACAAAUAGAAUACGAACACCAUGAGAUUUUCUUUAUGGUCGUACAUUUCUCAACCAAUAAGAAACUUCAAUGUCAAAAUGCCAUGAGGUUAAUAAAUUUCGUUUCGUCAACCGGUGCUGAUAGGACUGUGAUUGUGGGUGAUUUUAAUACAUACUCGGACUAUGAGUGGCCAGUCGCGGCCGUUCUCAAUGGAUUCUUCUUACCGAAUGGAUGUCCUAAGCCUGUAGGGUUUGAACCGGUCGGUGCCGAGCAAGGUUAUGGUUUUGACGAUUCGUGGCCCAUGACAAAUUUGGAUAAAAAAGGUGGAUUAACAUUUAGUAAUAUGGUAAGUUUAUCGAGAUUCAGAUACUUAGUUACAUUCCACAUAAAUGGUAUCAUGGAAGAUAAAUAGAGCGGUUCAAAUUUUGAAUUUCACUACCAGUACUGCAACAUUUAUAAUGAACCAAUGAGAUGCAUUUAUUCUACCUGACUAACCAAACAAAUUUGUAAAUAUUAAGCCUUGAGAGGUAACACUAGUGGAAGUCAAAUCUGAAGUCUGAACCUCUCUAAUAUCAUGGCAACGGACAUAGUUAUGGUUAGUUAAAAAACUAAGGGCCCCGACAGUUAGGGGCCCCAUCAGCCACGGUCUAUCGCCCAGAAAAUUAGAAAACGUAAAAAAUGCAGGUUAAGAAUCAAUGGGAAAAUGCAAAAUUAAUAAUGCUAAAUAAUCAAGCCUCCAUCGACGACGGUAGCCGAUUUUUUUAUUCCAACUCAAAUUAAACAAAAGUUAUUCUUAAAAGUUGUUACAUAUGUUGGAGACUGUUAUUGUCGUCAUUGUUAUAGACACGGAAUUUUCCAGAACAUUCUAUAAAUGUUCAAUAUAAAUAUAAUAUAUCAGUCAAACAAUGACAACAGGGGCCCCCACACCGAAUAUGCAUGGGCAUACCGGAAGGAAAAAAUUAGGAGGGGCGGAAAGAAAAUUGCCCGACUUUUCGUAAAAUUGCUCGACUUUUCGUGAUUGUGCCCGUCUAGUACCAAAAAAUUUUUCCCGGAAAAAUUCCGGUCAGUGUACCAUUUAAGGGGUCAAAAAAUUUUUUCAGACAGACCAAUAUUUUUCAGAGCAUCACAUAAAUUUUCAAAAAAAACACUACAUUGGCCACAAAAUUGACUAAAUUUUCGAAAAAAUUUACAGAAUUUGUCCGAUUUAUUUUUAUAACAAACCAAAAUUGCCCGACUGUUAGUCGAAUAUUGCCUGACUGCCCAUAGGCGAUCACCGGGGGGGCAAAUAUAUGCAAAUAUGCCUAUGCAAAUAUGCCUAAGGGACCCCUCUUCCUCCAUUACGCCACUGAUUGGUAGCCUGUACUUCUGCAACCAAGGUUUCAUAACUUUCAUUCCUGCUACCCCAUUAUCCAGCUCGAUCCCUAGCGGACAGUUUAGGAUAAAGAGUUAUCCAGUAUUCCUUACUUGUAUUUAAAUUUGCUUAGCAUUAGAAGUAAUAUUUCAAAUCCGACUAUGGGGACUGGACAAGAUUUCAAGUCUGCGCAAUUUGAUCAAGCCCGAGGACUGUCCAGAUCAAAAUGCGAGGAUUUGAAAUGACAUCUCAUAUGAAUAAAUCACUACUUUUCAGAAAGCGGUACCAAUUUCCCGUGCGUAAUACAAAAUGACUGAAAAACGGCAAACUUCGCAGGGCUAUAUUAUCCGCAUUUUACAACAUUUCGCAACGAAACUUCGGAGUAUUAGUAAUUUUGUGAUGCUCUUUCAAGCUCAUCAGUGAUGAAAUUUUUGUCCAGACUUGUCUAGAACAAAAUUUUGUUCAGUAGGUAAUAGGCCCAUUGAAGGACAACUCGAAUUUUCUUAUGUACUCAUUUUCUUUUUCUCUUGUUUAUAGCCCUCUCCUGGACUCGUAAACCGUCCUGACAGAGUGUUGGUAUCUCGUGUUGGCCUAGAUCCUGUUAAAACCACACUGCUCGGUCAGGGUCAGGGCUACAAAAACGGCUAUAGCUCUUGGAACUAUGUAAGCCGUUUAAAAACUAUAUCCCGUAUGUCAAAAAGGCAAUGGAAUGGCGACAGACUAAAUUAUACAUGUCACUUGGACUGUGGACCUCGUGGCUCAUGUCGCUGUGGUGUUUGCGUCGGAGGUGGCAACGCCCUAAACUGUGACCUCCCUGACUGCACCGAGUGCACUGCCGCACAUUAUAACAUUAUAUUAUUUAUGUACUACUUUUUAAUUAUCUAUCUAAUUGGUGCUAUAUACCUAGCAUUCUGUAUAUAUGCAAAACAUACACAAAUAAGAGGGCUACGAAAACUUAUGCUUUGUCCAAGAUGGUUUGGGUGUAAGCAUUUUACAGUCUAUUUAGUAGUAGGUUUUGUCAUAUUUUUUUCUUUAGUUAAAGUUGGACUGUCAGAUAUGAUAGCGUUGUCACUUAAUCGUAUACCGGAAGAAAUGUUCCCAUCCGAUCAUUUAAUGGUUGUGAGUGAAAUUAAAGUGACAUAUCACUGAUUUCGUGGAACGAAAUUUAGAUUUUACGCUCUGGCCAAGAACUUGGAAUUUAGAACCAAGAACUUAGAAUUUUACAUGAAACUAUAGAUGUGUUAUGUUAAAUGAAUAUAAGUUCUUUGUACGUUUGCAUGGCGAUAAAACAUAAUAGUUUUGUUUGUGGAAACACCAUGUAAAAACAAAACUAUUAAAUGAAUAUAGUUGUAGAUAAUUCUGUAAAGAUAGUGAUCGGUGUCGAGUAUAGUGACGGAAUAUUUUACUUUUGCUAUAAAUUGUUGUUGAAGGUAACAUUUUCUUUUCACAAAGACACAUUUCCACUCAGGAAAAUUUUCCACAGAGAGAAAAUUUUGUAAAAUCAGAUUGGCUGACACAAAUUUUCUGUCGAAAAAAAUUUUGAUCAAUUUUUGGAAAAUUUACUGUCCGUUAAAACUUUCUUGAGUGGAAAUGGGCCUUUAGGGGAAAGACCAUUAGAAAAGUGAUGGGGUGGGGGGUGGGGGAGACAAAAAAAGGGGGAAGGAAGAUAAAAAAAUUCGGGCAAAGUGGAAGGCUAAGAAAAAAAACUACCUUCCACCAAAAAUUCCAGCACAAGCAGAGGGCUGAAAAAUUCGUGCAAGCUGAACCCCCUUGGCACUUUUCUAAUAGUUGGCCCCAAACUUUACAAUGUUAAGCAAUAAUAUAUUGCAAAUAUAUUGAUUUUUAGUGGAUGGAAGAUCGCAUUUAGAGAUUUUGCAAACUUGUCUUCUCUAAUAUCAUUUACACCCCGUUCCAUUGUUCAUUUCUAAGAUUACAUGCGCUGCACAAGUAAAAACGCAAGUUGUUACGGAUCUGCAAACAAGCUGUAACAAGGCUGUUGUCAAGCCGUCAUCAUGCGCGAUGUUUGUCCCCAGUUGUUGUGACAAGUCUGGAACAAUAUGUUAUCACCGUGUUACAAGGUUGAUGACAGCAACUGACUUCUUCCAACAAGAGUAAUACAGGUCGUUCGUAACAAGUUGCUAUACAAGCUUGUUGUCAUCAACUUGAUAACAACUUGUUACAUGCAGACGAUAUCAGACUUGUUGCAACAACAUGUUGCGAGUCUGUUGGCCUUAUCAGUUUUGUUACAAGAUGAUAACAACUUGUUCCAGACUUGUCAACAACUGGGAACAAGCAGUGCGAACACAUCUAGUUGGCAAGCUGUGAAAUUUUUACGCGUGCACCAGAAUAGUGUUAAAUAGGCAUGUGAUUUAAUAGCCUGUGGUCCCCACUCCCUAGUAUAAAUGUUGUGCUAAGUCCCGGGACCCCGACUAUAAAUCUUAGUUUAUAUUACAUAAAAAUACAUAAUUCAUAAUGCAUACUACAUACUAUACUGCAUGGUACUCCACGCUCUUUGAUGGAUCAGCUUCAAAUUUCUUUUGACAGAACGUCAUCAGUCUUUUCAGAGC